AAGUUUAUUCAAAUAAACACCGCGACGUCACGACAAACAAUGGCAGCCAGUGGUACAGCUGUGACGGUUCUCACUCCUAAUGGGAGAAGACAAACAGUUAAAGUGUCUCCAAACACACCGUUAUUACAGGUGCUGGAGGAUGUCUGCAAAAAACAUGGGUUUAACCCCGACGAUCACGGUUUAAAGUUUCAGAGGACUGCUGUUGACCUCACGCUUCCAUGGAGGUUUGCCAACCUGCCCAACAAUGCGAAACUGGAAAUGGUGACAAGUACAAGGAAACAGGCUGUAGCUGACAGCCAGGUGCGGAUUGCACUACAGAUGGAGGACGGUUCUCGGCUCCAGGGUUCCUUCUCCUGUGGACAGAGUCUGUGGGAACUGCUCACACAUUUUCCCCAGAUCAGUGUGUCGGAGCUGUCUGAGUCAGGAUCCACCCCUGUGUGUGUUUACAUGAGAGAUGAGGUGAGUGGGGUAGAAGCACUCAAGAAGGCCACUCUGAAGUCUCUGGGUCUUACAGGAGGAAAUGCCAUCGUCAGGUUUUUACUCAAAAAGAACAAAGCACAGGGAGAGGAAGAUGGCAGAGAAGCCACUGAAACAGCUGCUGUGCCAACUACACCUGUUGCCAAGGAAACCACACCUAGCCCAUCACCUCAGCCCGAUCCUGCUCCGUCACAUCCAGAGACGUCCACAACCGAGGUGCCAACUAAAAAUUCAAGCCCCCAAAGGCCAAUCGAAGAAGCCCGCCCUGCUCCAACUCCCGCUUCUGCCGCAAGCAGCACCCUCCCUGUUCAACAGGAAGAGGUUCCGAACUCCCUUCAUGCAGUUGGGUCAAAGAUUCCUCCCGUCGAGAGAGGAAGGCCAGAGGAGGAUGGCGAGGAAGCGGGGCCAUCAGGACUGAACUCUCACCCAUCAUCUUCUUCCUCCUCCUCUUCCGCUCCCUCUGCUCCUUUCAUUCCCUUCUCUGGAGGCGGUCAGCGCCUCGGGGGUCCCCAGGGAGAUGCAGUGGGACGCUCACUCUCUUCAUCUGCAUCAUCCUCUUCACUGCCAGCUCUGACUGCAGCAGUAGAAUCACCCAAAGCCAAGAAAGCGAAAUCCAGCCAUGGUUCUAGCACCAAGCCUCAAACCACUGCCAACCAGCCAGACGAUGACAUGGAUCAAGGGGAGGAGUUCUUGGAGCCAGUGGAGAGGGAGCUUCUCAUCUACCACCUGGACGCAAUGUCCUGUCACUCUGAGGACCACAGGGAUCUGCCUGACGAAUUCUUUGAAGUGACGAUGGAUGAUGUGCGCAAGCGCUUCGCCCAGCUGAAAAGCGAGAGGAAGUUACUGGAGGAGGCUCCGCUAAUGACUAAAUCUCUGAGAGAAACACAGGUGAAGGAGAAGAUGAAAAGAUAUCCCAAAGUGGUCCUGAGGGUCCAGUUUCCAGACAGACAUGUUCUACAAGGCUUCUUCAGGCCCCUGGAGACAGUUGCUGCGGUGAGGCAUUUUGUGAGGAGUCACUUGGAGGAUCCUCAGCUCAGUUUCUACCUGUUCAUCACCCCCCCAAAAACCAUCCUCGACGACCCCUCAGCUACACUGUUUCAGGCCGACCUGUUUCCCGGUGCUCUGGUGUACUUCGGCUCUGACGCUAAGACAGAUAUUUACAUUAAGAGGGAGCUACUUGAAUCCUCUGUCUCGGCCUCGCAAGCAAAUGAAUCCUUUGCAAGCUGCAUGCUCCGGUCCCCAACACCCUCCUCUAGCUCUGAGGGCUCCGAGGAGCCGCUGCCUCCUCCGGAGCCGAAGGCUGACACCAGCGGGGCCGCACAAGACGAGAGAGACCCGUCUGCACACACCCAGGCUGCUAAACCUACCAGAUCUGACCCGUGCAAGGUGCCCAAGUGGCUCAAGCUUCCAGGUAAAAAAUAAGACGGCUGCGUGUGCUGAUGGGAGGACUUACCAUGAAAGACUUCUGACAAGCUGCUUGCAGACUGAGUAGAGCACUUAAACCUUUGCUGCGCUUUGAUAAAAGGCUCAACUUUGUGACGGCUGCGGAAGAAGCAUGCACUUGACUAGGUUUGUAGUAAUGAGAGAAAGAGACUAUAUUUCAUUGCUCAAAGGAUUGUUGUGAUUCAUUCCGGUUGAUCUCUAGGAGGAAAGAGUGCUGAAGAGGCUGCAUUUAUUCAGCAGGUGAAAAUGUUGUGCAAAGUGAAUAAAGAUUGUUGAAUUAAAA